CUAAGAACCCAAGAACCUAAGAACUCACCACUGCCUAACAAGACGCUCUCUCCUCUCAUGAACGGCGCUGCGGACUUGACCCAAACGGUGGGCAUAUGGUUGGGUCUUCCACCAUGCUGAGCAGCUCAGCGACACCGACUCAGAAGUCGUUGGCCUCCCAACCGACGCAGGCAACUAAUUCCCCAAUAGCUGCCUCGCGACCGAGCCUCGAUCGAGAUGGCGGCCUUCAACCACCCGGCGCCGCAACCAAUGGUGCCCGAUCCCUUGCUGCUUCUGCAGCCUCCUCCUAUGCCCCGAGAGGGUCUUCCUUGAACCCUUCGCAGCCCCCGGGCAGUUUUAGCUCCGAUCUACGCAGCCAAAAUAUCCAGUCAAGAGCUGGUUCCAGAGCAGAUACUUAUGUACGCGAUAAGCUGGACGAGGAUGACGAGUCAAUGACCGAGAAUACAAUCAAUGCGCUCAAGGAUUCCCUUAGCCGUGAGAUGAAGAUUAAGGAGGGGAGCGAGAAUAUGCUAGAGGCUUUAAAUGCUAAGAAAGCGAAACAGACUAAGGAGCAACGCCAGAGGGUAGAAGCUGAGCUCACGGCUUCAAACACAAGGAUAAAAGAACUGAGGCAGAGACUCGCCGAUACGCAACGGCCUAAGGUGGUGCCUAGUACGCCUACUAGAAUCCGUAACGAAGGUUUACUUAACAACACCGUGCGAUCACCACCGAGCGCAUCCAGGAGUGGCGCCGGAUCGGAGAUCGAAGAACCAACAGAAUCCCCCACUUUUGCGCUCGCCGAGGUAUUGCAAGCCCUAGAGGUCGAGGGCAUGACUGCAGAAUACUAUGUUGAACGCGCCAACAAUUUCGUGGAUCUAUUCAAAAGAUACCCUACCUUGAAAUAUGAUCUGGUGUGGUCCGUCUUUGGAGACCGAAUGCAGGUCAUGCUGCUCAGCAAUAGCAGGGAAGUUGUCGCGGCAGGCUAUCGAAUGCUACGAUAUUCUAUUUCCGACAUGGCGUCCAUCAAGAAAAUCCGCGGUCUAAAUACCGAUUUUAUGGUGGUUGUAUCUCUCGCCAAGGAUCGCAAGGCUGAUGUCGAACGCGAGCAGGCUCUCAAGUUCGUUCGCGCCUUUCUAGACGUGAAGGAUGGCGUUCGCGAAGUGUCUAGGGCGGUAGUCAGGACUAUCGCGGCAGUUGCCGAACAGGUGGAAGAUCGGUUACGGCCGAUUUGUAUCGAAACCCUCGCUGAAAUUCUCUUACGAGAUCCCGCACUGCUUGUAGCGUCCGGUGGCCUGGUACCACUUUCAGAGUCCCUUGCUGAAGGGACUUACAAGUCACCAGAAUCACUCUCCUCAGUUUUUCUUUACUUGAUGGAUUCGCCGCAUACGCGAAAAUACCUACGAGCUGGAUACGAACUAGAGGUAUUAUUUACAGCGUUUACAGACGCAUUAUUCACUUACGAAGGCGUUGUAAAGCAGAAUUCGAAAGCCAUCUCAUCAGCUCUGAAAAGUUGGCCUGGACUCAUGACACUAUCAAUGUACAACUUUCGAGCGAUUGGCUCCCUGAUAUCAAGCCUAAUGUUACCCAAUCCGACACUUCGGGAUCUUAUAAUAGAGUUGCUCUAUUCCCUACUCCGAAUAAAACCUCCGGCAUGGGCUACGUCAUACCUUGCCGGUCGGCGAUUAACGACAUAUGGCAGGGUAACGACACUAAAGAGCUCUACUUCUCAUAAGGAAGAAGCUGUUUAUGAAGAUGACGGCACAGACCAGAAUUUCGUGGAACAUUAUACGGCGCUGCUGUUAGCUAUCUUCAUCAAGGCUGGGAUGAUGCCUAACCUGCUCCUCGUCGCUCAGGAUACCGACGAUCCUACGUUGAAGAGAAAAACUACUCUACUCAUCGGUGAGACUCUGAAAUUAGCCAGCAGAAUCCUCCCAGCUUCUUGGAGUAGCGAGCUUCAGUUACUUCCAGAGCUAUUCGCGGCUGCCUCUCAAUUCCAGAAUGAGGCGCAUUUUACUGCGACCGGAAUUGUUUAUCAGAUUAGUAGUGUUAGUCGAACACUUUACCGAUCAUCUCCGUCAAGUUAUCACGCCGGCUACCUUCCUUCAAGUAGCAUGCUUGAAAAUAUGAGCCAUGUAGAAGAGACGCCUAAACCUAACCUCGUGGUCAACGCUGAUGAUGCUACAUUCCGUCAAUUGCUGAUAGAUUCAGGAGUUCUCGGACAUUCAAACCCUUCUAAGUGGAAUUGGGAUGUUAUUCAGAGGAUAAUUGAAGGACCAUUACUCAACGGCAAGCGUGUAGAAGAGGCUAUUAAGGCGUCGAAAUUUGCGAAAAGGCUUGUUGGCUUCUACCGGCCUUUUAAGUUCAAAUUCUCGGAGAUAAAGAGUACACGAAAUACUCAGAAAUAUGUUAGGGUUGGUUGCGCUCUGAUUCAGACCUUACUGCAGACGGCAGAAGGGACAAAAUAUCUGUCGGAUAAUAAACUACUGAGACAGAUCGCGGAGUGCUUAGCUCAGUGCGAUCCGACCAGUGGUUUAACCGCCCAAUAUCCAAUGUUCUCGAGAGACCGUCUCACUGAUACGUUGUGUGGCGGCUACUUCCCUAUCAUUGGCGCUCUUAGCAGUGAUCAUAGAGGGCUCCAGAUGCUUGAGAGAUGGCGAAUAUUCAACAUGAUGUAUCAUAUUGUCGACUUCAAGCAGAGGCCGGAUCUCAUCAAAUUACUUCUCGCUACUCUCGAUUACAGUCUCCAGGGUCAUCCACGUGUGCUUUUGUCAAAAGCCCUGACGGCCGGUACAAAAGACAUGCGAAUUCACGCUACUACCAUACUUAGGAAGUAUGCGACGAGGCAACGAGUUACACCAACCGGUCAGAUCGUUUCGGACUCGAAGUGGGCGAUCCAAUUACUUGUCACACAACUUUAUGAUCCGGAUGUAGAGGUUUGUGCCACGUCUGUCAAAAUUUUGGAGAAGGCUUGCAACAACAAAGCCCUGUUGGAAUAUAUAGUGGAAUGUCGUCCUGCAUUGGACCACCUUGGCGAGAUAGGAGCUCCCUUGUUGCUCCGAUUUUUAUCGACUUCUAUCGGCUACCACUAUUUGGAUGGGUUGGAUUAUAUCAGCAAUGAGAUGGACGACUGGUUUCUCGGACGUAAUGAUACUUAUGUUGGGCUCAUCGAAGCAAGUCUAGCUCGUUCCUUCACCGACCCCCAAGAAGACCAACCGCAUCGCCUCAGCAUUUACGAGGAUGACUUAGACACAGACCAAGAUAACCACGUCCCACCGCAUUUCUACCGUGAGUUGUCGCGCACUAAAGAAGGAUGCAAAUUGCUUGAGGAUAAGGGCCACUUCGAAGAGUUCGCGAUGACGAUUAGGGAAUACGGAAUGCAAUCGGAAGACCCUGAACUUAUAACAAAGGUUAAGGGGUGCUUGUGGGCGGUGGGAAAUGUCGGUUCUAUGGAACUUGGAGCGCCAUUCCUAGAAUCUACCGAUGUUGUGGAACACAUCAUUAAGAUCGCCGAGUCUCACGACGUUUUUAGUCUUCGAGGUACUGCUUUCUUCGUCUUGGGCUUGAUAUCGAGGUCUACGCACGGACUAGAAAUACUUUCCGAACAUGGCUGGGAAUCAUGCACCACACCUCUGGGAAUUUCAUUAGGCCUCUGCGUUCCCUCGAAUCUCUCGAAGCUGUUUUCAUGUAAACCUUGGAAACAUGAGAUCCCUGCAACCAUUAAACUCCCAGACACCCAGAAAACGAUAUUGGAGUUCCCGCCCGUCGAAAUUAAGGAGGAAGACGAGACCAACCAGCGAAUAUUGGAACUUAUGACUGAGCUAGGGAAUAUGGUUCUCUAUAGAAAAGCCAAAGCCGAGCUAUUCCAGCUACGACAUAAGAAAGCUCCAGGGUUCCGACAACCUGCGUUGUUCCGUAAGGUCAUGGCGAUGAUGGAAUGUCACCACUUCAGAUUACCAGACCGCCACUUAGUAAUCGAAUUGUUCGACAAGAGCGUCCUGAGACAUGUCGUAUUCGGCGAAGACAGCAGCGACGAAUCCGCAAGCAGCUCCGGGGACGAGCAAAGGACGGAACGGCAGAGAAGCAUCAGCGACCCGGCUGAGCUAGAAAAGAUAACGGCAAAGGCUUACAUGGCGUCAUUAUAGUUUUAACCCACCCAGACAAAUUAGAAGGCGAAAAGGGAAAAUACUGGAUUAUCGAGAUAUACCUGCCUUCCGGCGUGGAUCGAAACUCCUUUUUUGUAUCAAUAUGAACGCGACAUGACUCUCGAUACACCAUUUCAAUAUCUCA